CGGCGGGCUGGCCAGGGCGUCUGCAUGUAUCGGGGUCGCGCUCCCCCCGGUCAAACUGGGCCGCCUUGACCAACUAAAACUCAGAGUUGGAGCGAUGGACGACUCUGCACGCCAUCGACGCCGGGACCGUCCUGCAACACCGAAUGGCAGCGGCAGCCACCGAGACAGCCAGCACCGCCGCCAGGACGGAAAUGACCUCGGCAUGACUUCUUCACGAAGAUCCAUCUCGCCUGCCGCUGUUGCUGUGAAUCGGUCGUCAGAAUCCACCCGAGAUCGCGAGCGAGGGCGAGAGCGGGACCGGGACCGGAACCGGGCCAGGAAGCACCGCUCUUCGAACGCUCCUCCUCCGCCCCCGGCUCAUCCCCGCGGCCGGUCUGUCGAACCACCGCUUCCUGCGCCCCAGCAUCGCUCCCCACGCCGUCGCCGUGACCGUUCUCGUUCCCGUGACCCUGCUCAUCGCCGCGAGCCUCGCGUCUCUCCCGGUCGCCGAGCUGAAAAUCCUGGCUCCCCAAGCCUCCGAAAAGAGGCCCACGAAAGCAUCGAGCAUCGUGCCGCUCGCCUCUCAUCGCGAUCGCCAGCCCCAAGCAAGCGUCGACGCAGCCCUAGACCGUCCUUUGGCGGGCAGUCGCCACCGAAAAAGUCUCGACACGACGCGAGCCCAGCACCACUAGAGAGGGGUGUGCCGCCGAAAUCUCUGCAGCCGAGGGUUGAUCGUGCCUUGUCCCCCCACCUGCACCGCGCCCGUUCCCCUGAAUCCCGUGACCGGCGUUCAAAGCCCAGCAGACGGCCGGCCCACGCCACGUCUCCCAGUCCGCCCCGCCGGCGUAGAUCCCCGUCGCCCCGUGGCAGCCCUCCCCCGCGGCCGCAGCCCGAAGUCCUAGCCCGCGAUAGGAGCGCAUCUCCGAAACGUCGGCCCCGGUCUCCUCGCCCCCGCGAUUCCCGACGUCGAUCCAGAUCACGCCCUCGCAGCCCUCUUGCAGGGGAUAGCAGGCCGCCAACCGCAUCUGAUACCGGGUCGCGCCGGAGACCAAGCUCCGACCAAGGGUCAUUCCGUGCGUCUCACAAACCGGUUCCGUCCGAUUUCCCGCGAGGAGGCCGACCCCCUAAACCGACCAAAAAAGGAAGGGCCCGCGACAGGCCACGGUCAUCUAAGCAAUCCGACCCCGCCUCCGGUGCGAACAGUGUUGAAGUGAACAUGGCGGCCAGAGGCGGCUUCCGUGGGGGGUUCAAUCCUCAACAACUGCAGUCUGGCUAUCCGAAAGGGCAAUAUGAUGCCCGCGGCUACGGCCAGUCUCCGGGCCAUGGGACGCCCGUGUCUUCAUUUCACGGUUCCCCAGCAGUUCAGUCGCCAUUUGGAGGCAGUGGACGGGGCUGGAACAACCAACCACAAUUUUCCCCUCAAGGCCAAUUCUCGCCCUCGUAUGCUCAUAACAAUUAUGGGCCUCCCACAGGGCCCCAAGGCCAGUAUCACUCGGGGCCGGCGCACUCUCCUCCUUACCCGCCGACUGGACCUUCCUCCCAAUACCCAACAGGGCCGUACCGUGGUGGCCACCGAGGCGGCUCAUUCCGCGGCAGCCCGUUCCCUGCCCGAGGGGGCGUCCGAGGUGGUUUUAAGAGUACGCAGUGGCACACCCCAAGCAACAACGCUCGAGGCCAAGCUGGGCAGGCUGAGGACUCGGAGCCGUCUCACGCUGCUUCCCAUCAGUCUCCAAGCAGCCACGCCGGGCCUCCAUCGGAGAAGGGCGAGCUCUCGGCGGCAGAGAGUGACAACCCUUUCAGGCCCUCUAAGGAGUUGCAAGUCGAGGACACGAGCAAGGAAGACCAGCCGAAAGAGGAAAAGAUGCCGCCUCCAAGCCGGCCGCCUCCCACCGGCCCGCAAUCCGCGACGCCCAAUAAGUUCAGCUUUAGCAUGAAAAACGCGGCGAGGCCGGCCGUGGCGGCACCGAGACCAGAGAUAUCGUCCAAAUUCAACGCUGCUCCAGCGGCUCGAGAGCCGCCGAGCAAGCCGGCGCAGAAAGCGCCGCCAACGAGGCCAGAGCGAGACCGGGGCGGCUUCCCCAAGAAUGCGCCCACGGAACCAGCGUCAGCCCGACCGCGUCCCGGCGUGCCAAGCGGCCCCGGCGACCGCAGACCGCUCGAGACCAGCAGGCAGCCAGAGCCGACGCCGAAGACACGGAAAGUGAAGAAGAUCGUGAGGCGGCUCAAGGAGAAGCCCACCCUCCCUCCGGAUUUUGCGGCCUCCAAGUCUGUGUUCUUCAGGAAGCCGGGCAACGAAUCCGUCGUGGGCUCGGGCACAUACGGCAAGGUUUUCAAAGGGCUGAACGUAUACACAAAGAAGUUGGUGGCUCUUAAGAAGAUCCGGAUGGAGGGCGAGAAAGACGGCUUCCCGGUGACGGCUGUGCGGGAAAUCAAGCUGCUGCGCUCGCUCAGCCACAAGAAUGUCGUCCAGCUGCAGGAGGUCAUGGUCGAAGCCAACGACUGCUUCAUGGUGUUCGAGUACCUGUCGCACGAUCUGACGGGCCUCCUCAACCACCCGACCUUUACCUUGCACCCUGGGCAUAAGAAGCAUCUUGCCCAGCAGCUCUUUGAGGGGCUCGACUAUCUCCACACGCGCGGCGUAUUACAUCGGGAUAUCAAGGCUGCCAACAUACUGGUCAGCAACGAGGGCAUCCUCAAGCUCGCUGACUUCGGCUUAGCUCGCUUCUACGCGAAGCAUCACCAGCUUGAUUACACCAACCGUGUGAUCACCAUUUGGUACCGCUCGCCCGAGUUGCUACUGGGAGAGACGCAGUACGGUCCGGCCGUAGAUAUCUGGAGCGCCGCCUGCGUCAUGGUGGAGAUCUUCACGACGCGCGCCAUCUUCCCCGGGGACGGCAGCGAAAUCAACCAGCUGGAAAAGAUCCAUGCGGUUCUCGGGACCCCCAGCAGAAAAGACUGGCCAAACAUGGUCGAGAUGCCCUGGUUCCCGCUCCUCAGGCCUACCUACCGCAAACCAAGCGUCUUUGAAGAGAAGUACAAGGGACUGCUUACUCCUGCCGCCUUUGACCUGCUUUCCUCCAUGUUCCGGUAUGACCCAGACAAACGCCCAAGCGCCGCCGAGGUCCUGAAGCACCCGUACUUCACCACGGAGGAGCCCGCCCCGCGGCAGGCGGUUGAGCUCAAAGACAUUGGCGGCGAGUGGCACGAACUCGAGUCGAAGGCUCUCCGGCGCGAGAAGGAGAAGAGGGAAAAGGAGCGGGCGCGCGCCGCCCAGCACCAGCACCAGCAGUCCGGGCCGAAGGAAGACGGCCCGGAAAGCUCCAGCUCUCGUGACAGAGAGCGGAAGCGGCCGAAUGAGGGCUCCGAUGCACAGCGAGAGGCGAAGAGGCCCCAUAUCGAGGCUAACGGCAAGGCGGAGAGAUCUGGCCAGACGGGUAGCAGCCGCGAUCUGGAGCUGGACGCGGCGUCCGGGAGGUUAGUGCCCGUUCAGGAUUCUGGAUCCGCGCGAAAUCGAGCCUCCGGGAAUGGGUAGGACCGCGCUGUGUAUAUACUACUCAGAGGGGAGCGGGUAUCAUUAUACCCGAGAGGAGACAGCUCGGCUUACAACAAAUGAGGAGGGGGUGGCCGGGAGGUUAGACGGAGUAUACGGAAUGUAAAAUGCAACGAAUGUACGACUGCCUAUCCUAUGAU